CGCUGUAUUGCCAAGGCUCUGGGAAACGGUAGUCAUGGAGAAUGAUUCACGGGUGUCGGCACUCAGGUGCACAGGGCUGCCAGCUGACCCUCUGCCUAUUUCCAUCUGGCCCAGAACUGGUUGAUCAUGAACCUCUUUUCAGUUACACAGAUUAAGACCUGCUGAUACAGACCCACCGGCCCCACCCAGCCCUUCCCUGGACCCCUGAGGCUUCCUAACAUAGCCGCGAGGGAGCCUUAUUCAUUCUAGAGGCAGCUGUUAGCAGUAUACAGAAUUGGCAGACUGAUUCUGAGGUGCCUGUGGGAGGCGGGGAUCUGGGAAUAGGUGGCAUGGAGCCAGCACCCUGCCCACACCACGGAGCCUUGGGACUUUCUGCUAACUUGAACUUGUUGGAGUUGCUGGCUUGGCAGAAGGCGCUUCGGCCCUGGCAGCCACACAGUGCUGGAAGGCUGUGCGAACCCUGCUAGGCCCCCCGAGUCAUCCACAGCGGGUCCCGACGGCGCGGGGGGGUGGGGCGCCCGCAGGUGUGCCAGACUGGGGCGCAGGCCGAGGGACGCUGCUCCGGGGGUUCUGUCACGUGAGCACGGAGUGCUGGGGAGGCCGGUGGCAUUUACAGAGUUCCCUGUGCUGCAACUUCUCAAGCUAUUCUGUGGUCUGUGUAAGCUAUCUUGUCUCUUUGAAUUUAGGACAAAUGGAUGUGGUGUCUGGUAAUUGUUAACAAAAGGCAGCUACCUGGCCUUGACGCAUCAUCUGUGACAGAUUUCUCUUUAAAGCAUUUAUUCAUCAAACGUCUCGUGAGUUCCUACUGUGCGCCAAGAGAUGUGCUACGUGCUCUAAGUACAGAAGUAAACAAGAUGUAAUUCUUCUCCAUGCUCAAGCCCGGCAGGAGAACCAGAAAUGGGAAGAGAAAUUAAAAUUCAACACAGGAAGAGGCAUUCCAGAGACAGGAACCAGACGCUGUGGGAGCACCAGGGGCAGAACCACCAAUUGUGUCAGAGUGGGAAGUGAAGAUCCCACAGCUCAAUGUCGAAGGAUGUAAUGAAAGGCUCAUAUGCAGCGAUCAGAGAGAGACCUCUAGGAUCUGAAGGGCAGCCCCAAGCUGACAGUCAGUGAAGAAACCGGGAUCUCCGUUCUGCAAUCACAAGAAACCAAAUUGGCAGCAACCUGACUGAACUGGGAAGUGGAUUCUUCCCAGAAGCCCUUGGUAAGAGCCCAGCAAACCAACGUGUUGAUUUCAGCCUUAUGAACAUCUGGGCAGCGAAAAGCAACCAAGCCUGUGUGGACUUCUGACGUACACAACUGGGAGAUAAUAAAUUUGUAUUGUUCUAACCUAAGUUUGCAACAACGUGUUAUAACAACAAUAGAAGGCUAAAACAGAUAUUGAUAUGCCACGGCAGCUUUCUUUUGGUCAGUAUUUGCUGGUGUAACUUUUCUCUGUCCUUUUAGUGUGAAUCUGUGAUUGUAUCGAUGGAUGAAGUAGGUUUCUUAUAGAUAGCAUAUGGUCCUCCUGCUUUUUAAUCCAAUCUGACAAUCUUUAUAUUGUAACUGGCAGACCAUUUACAUGUAAUGUAAUUGUCAGUAGGGUUGGGUUUUCACCACCUCUUGCUGAAUCCUGGGAACUGCCUUUAGACAGACUUGAUUUUCUUCCUUCCUUCCUUCCUCCCUGUCAUCACAGUCCUUUGUCGUCUGUUGUCCAGCAUCUGAAAACUGUUGUUUCAUAUAUUUUGUCUAGUCUGAUGCUUAAGGUUGGCAGAAAAACCCCGUUCCUCUUACUUCAUCCGAGCUGGAACUAGAAGACUUCAACAGUGUAAUUUCCAAUUAAAUUUUGAGGACAUCCUCUUCAGGAAGUCCCUUUUAUUAAAUUCCUCAUCUAUGCCUGUCUCCUGCUGUUCUCUGUGCUGCUGGCCCUUCGUCUGGAUGGCAUCAUUCAGUGGAGUUACUGGGCUGUUUUUGCUCCAAUAUGGCUGUGGAAGUUGAUGGUCAUUGUUGGAGCCUCAGUUGGAACUGGAGUCUGGGCACGAAAUCCCCAAUAUCGAGCAGAAGGAGAAACAUGUGUGGAGUUUAAAGCCAUGUUAAUUGCAGUGGGCAUCCACUUGCUCCUAUUGAUGUUUGAAGUUCUGGUCUGUGACAGGAUUGAAAGAGGAAGCCAUUUCUGGCUUCUGGUCUUCAUGCCACUGUUCUUCGUUUCCCCGGUCUCUGUGGCAGCUUGUGUUUGGGGCUUUCGACACGACCGGUCCCUGGAGCUAGAAAUACUGUGUUCUGUCAACAUCCUGCAGUUUAUAUUCAUUGCCUUAAGACUGGACAAGAUCAUCCACUGGCCCUGGCUUGUCGUGUGUGUCCCUUUGUGGAUUCUCAUGUCCUUUCUGUGCCUGGUGGUUCUCUAUUACAUUGUGUGGUCUGUCCUGUUCCUGCGUUCCAUGGAUGUGAUUGCAGAACAGCGAAGGACACACAUAACAAUGGCAUUGAGCUGGAUGACCAUUGUUGUUCCUCUUCUUACUUUUGAGAUCCUGUUGGUUCACAAACUGGACGGCCACAACGCAUUCUCUUGUAUCCCAAUAUUUGUCCCCCUUUGGCUCUCCUUGAUCACUCUGAUGGCAACCACAUUUGGACAGAAGGGAGGAAACCACUGGUGGUUUGGUAUUCGCAAGGAUUUCUGUCAGUUUCUGCUCGAAAUCUUCCCAGUUUUGAGAGAAUAUGGAAACAUUUCCUAUGACCUCCAUCACGAAGAUAAUGAGGAAACCGAAGAAACCCCAGUUCCGGAGCCUCCUAAAAUUGCUCCCAUGUUUCGGAAGAAGACCAGGGUGGUCAUCACCCAGAGCCCUGGGAAGUAUGUCCUCCCACCACCCAAACUGAACAUUGAAAUGCCGGAUUAGACGCCACCUCCUUGGGCAGAAUGCAAGUGGACCUCUGGGACGCACGCUGUUUCCUGCCCUCCUCUGCCUCUGUGUUGACCCCGCCCAGAACUGGAGCUGGAGCUGGGGCCCCCGUGACUUCCAUCUCAUGCCUUGUUUGCACACAAUGCCUACCAGUGACUCACCCUGACGGGACACACAAAUGGCAGGUGACUGGCACCCGUGGUGUGGGCUGGGCCAGGGCAUGUGUCGGUGGAUGCGGGUGUGAUGGAGGGAGCCUGUGUGAGAAGGGGAGAGCGGUCCCCUCUGGGCAGGCACCUUAGGAGCCGACUUGGGUCUGUUAGGCAUGGCUGCUUAGGCCAGAGAAGGAACUGGUUUUCAAAGUGCUAAAAGUGUUCUUUGAAAAUGGCUUUUCAAAGCAGGCCGGCCUCACCACAUAGCAUAGACUUUCCUGUUGCAACGUAGUCAGUAGGAACUGUAAAUACGCCUCUGUGGCAUCACGUGUGUACCCACACCAUCAUUACUGUUCAUGUUCCUGCUGUGGAAGUUGUUUCUCUUUGGGCAAUGCUGACAGCAGUUUUUAAUGGCCCCACCAGUGAGCCCUUUCCAAUGGAGUGACUCCGUGCCUGUAUAGUAUUUAUACAAACAUUUUAGCGUUGUAAUAUACCGUGUUAAAUCCUAGUUCUGUACAGUAUAUUCUGUUAAAGUAUUUUUUUAUGAGCUUGUAUGGGAGGGAGACAUGCGUGUUCUGUUGCAGAAGCAAAAGCAGAAGCAGAAGCUGCUGGUGCACCUGUCCUGCCCAGGGGGUAUUACCUCUUUAUGGGCCAUCGUCAUCACCCCCCCCCCUUGAAAUUCACCACACACACAGUAGCUGCUACUGCCAGAACAGCGACAAUAGGCAAGACAUGGUUUAGGCCUUUCCUACAUGCUGGGGAUAUUUGCAUGAGCUGAAACUAGAAUACUGGAGAAAGUUGCUGAAACUGGAAAUAGACGCGGGAAUUGUGUAUUUGUUAAGGUCUGAGUCCUUUUGUCAGCCCCCAACAAAAGCCCCUCCGGCUGGCCGAGCUUUUAACUAGGAGUACGUUUGUUCCAAGAACUGCUGGUAGACCCCAGGCAAAGCAGAGGAAAGCAGAUCCUCCAGGAUAAGAGCUUUCGGCCUGAGAAAAAGUAGCCACUUGUGAAAGGAGAGAAAAGGACCACUGGCAGCAUUGCCCCGAGAGGGAAGGGUUUAACGGGGGCAGCUGCUGACGUGUCCCAGUCAGGCUCAACCGGUGUCCGGCGCAGCGGCUUCCAGCCAGCCUGUUGCCUCGGGGGAGGCGGGGAACAUGGGAAUGGCAAAGCCUUUCCUGCUUGCUGUGUAACAAGUGUAGCUCAAUCAACUAUUUUUGCUCCUUGCAGUUAUUCAAUAAACUGGUUCCUCCUUUUCCAUGG